AUGAGAAGCUACAGGCGAUACAGAUCCGAAGAUGACUUUUCAGAUGACGAAAGAUCAUCAGUCAUUUCUUACACUGAUUCUGAUUCAGAAUCAGAAGUCGAAAGCCAUUUAGGUUCCGAGCGAGAAUGUCAAAUUUCAAGGACUCUUCCCAGAGGAAGAUCACUGUCUCCUCAACCCAGCUACCUUUCUGGUGACUACUCAGACGACUUAGAUGAGGAGGAGGCACCAGAUCAGGCUAUACGACAUUUAUCAGGGUCUUCCUGUUCAUGUUGUGAGUCCAGGUAUAUCCCAUCGAAUUCUGCCCAAUAUGGCUCUUCUGUACGAAACUCCAUACCAGUCCCCACGGGAUUAUCUCCUUCCCAUCACUCGGAUACAGCUUACUAUUCUGGAAAUCCCGAAGGCGGUGAUGGUUUUAACCACUAUAACAUCAUGAAAAGAGCACAUCGAUCGAGAUUGGGUGAUGGAAGCGGAGGGGAGGCCUGGAGAAUGAGGAGACCAACCAUGGGAGAGUACAGAGGGCCGAAUCGAAUCCCUCAGGAUCUGGAUAGAUCAUACCAUAUGGACAGAGGACUACAACAGAGAUAUCGUCAUGAGAGACCAUGGGACAGAGAAAGAGAAGCAACUGAAGGAUAUCACCCUGAAAGAUAA